UUGUUUAUUAAGAAGGGUGGUGGCGGUGUGAACUGCGAAGUGAGGAGCUUGCAGAAUGAAGGUGGCAGUGACAUGGAUAUGGGGUUUGUUGUGGUAUGUGAUUGGGGUUGCUUUGAGUCGAUCUGUGGAUGGUUUUGACGAUUUGAGUGCAACAGAGAGUUUGCUUUCUGGCUUGGGUACAGAUGCUACCUCCUCCAGUCCUGCAAAACAGCGCAUGGUGCCCCUCACUCUCAUUCCCGGAGCUGCUGCUAAAGGAGCAGUGUGUUUGGAUGGGACACCUCCUGGUUAUCAUCUCGAUCGAGGGUCUGGAUCAGGUGUUAACAGCUGGAUUAUUCACUUGGAGGGAGGGGGAUGGUGUAACAAUGUCCAGACUUGUGUUUCCCGCAAAACUACUCGCCAUGGUUCAUCAAAUUUUAUGGAAAAGCAAUUAGCCUUCACUGGAAUAUUGAGCAAUAAAGCUAAAGAGAAUCCAGAUUUCUUCAACUGGAAUAGAGUGAAGCUUCGUUACUGUGAUGGGGCAUCUUUUGCAGGGGAAGGACAAGAUGAGGCUAACCAACUUAAUUUUCGUGGACAACGCAUUUGGUCAGUUAUCAUGGAGGAAUUGAUGGCCGAGGGAAUGAAAAAUGCUGAGCAGGCUCUUCUUUCUGGAUGCUCAGCUGGGGGUCUAGCAUCCAUUUUACAUUGCGAUGAAUUCGGUGAUUUGUUCCCUAAAACUACCAAAGUGAAAUGUCUAAGUGAUGCGGGAUUGUUUCUUGAUGCAAUUGAUGUGGGUGGUGGCCGCACCCUAAGGAAUAUGUACAAAGGUGUGGUCAGCUUACAGAAAGGCCAACUAAGCUUUUGUUUCAGUUGCUCAAGUGCUUUUGAUUUGAGAUUCUUGAGUAGUGGCAUCAAUCUUUACUAUGCUGUGGGGAGUGGAAAAGAAUCUGCCAAAUACUUGUGUACCAGCCAAAUGGAUCCUACCUCGUGCUUUUUCCCUCAAAAUUUGGUUGCGAAAAUCAAGACUCCUGUGUUUCUUCUAAAUUCAGCCUAUGAUCUAUGGCAGAUCCAUGAGAGUUUAGCUACACCAAAUGCUGAUCCUCAUGGUUACUGGAAGGAAUGCAGACAACAUCACGCUCAAUGUAAUGCAUCACAGAUUCAGUUUCUCCAAGACUUCCGGGUUCAAAUGCUCAAUGCCAUAAAUGUUUUUUCGAAGUCCCAAAAAAAUGGUUUGUUCAUAAAUUCUUGUUUUGCACACUGCCAGUCAGAAGGACAGGAUUCAUGGUUUGCUGAUAAUUCUCCUGUUAUUUCAGACAAGGCAAUUGCAGUUUCUGUGGGGGACUGGUAUUUCAACCGAACGACUGUUAAAUCUGUUGACUGUGCUUACCCCUGUGACAAAAGCUGUCUCGACGCAAGUCAGUGAAAACUCUUGUUCGCUCCCUGUCUGUGUUUGGGAUUCCCUUAAUUUAUUUUCCCCAAUUGUCAUUUGAGAAAAUGGAACUUCCAUUUAUUGAGGACCAAAAAUAAAUUCAUAUAUUGUUAUACAAGCCUGUAACUUUCUUGAGAUGCAAAUCAAAAUGAUUUGCAUCAUUAACUUGAUGUCUUUGCAGUUGCCAACUAGAAGCAAUAUUCUUGUGAGGAGACUCAAACUUGGUACAUGAUAUAUUUGAAACAUUCUCGGUUGACAUUUGUCUUUUGAGAAUUCUUCCUUCUGUAUUUGUUUAAUCUAUAAUGAAUGUUUGUCUAUGAAUGCAUUUGAAGAGGAUACAGAAGUUAGUAGUCUAUCUCAUUUCUUAGAGAUGAGCCAUUUCUGAGAUGAAUAGAUUCAUAUGCAGUGAUGUCACACCAUCCAUAGGGAUCUCACAGUCCACAAGUUAAACGUCCACCGUACUAACUCUGCUUACUUCUGUGCCUCUGUUUUUAACAUCUUCAAAUGCACACCAUUGUUCCAAUGUGAUCAAAUAACACGUUACCAUGAUUUUCGAGUCCAUACCCGCGAAGACUUGUUGGAUCUUUUGCUUGCUUAUGAGUUCACUGAAGGCAUUUCUUCUAGCAGUUUCUGUAAUUCUUUUCCUAUUUCCCUGUGUCUGCCUUCAAUGAUACUUGAUAGACAUAGAUUGAAAUUCUAAAACUGUAAACUGAAAAUUGCAGGCAGAGGGGAGGUUGUUUUUUUGAGGCUGCCAUGCCAUCUAAUGCACAUUAUUCAUUAAUUAUUCUUGAUAUCUGUUUGGCUAAUCAUGAAAUUCAUGGUCAAAUAAUGCAAUUCUGAAUGAAGACCCACAUGUUUGGGGAUGUUUUGGGAAUGGUUUCUUGUUUAGAAAGUAGCUGUAGUGCAAUCCAUUAACAUUUAACGAGAUAUUUCUUCGAUUAUUCUUUAGUUGUUUCAAUCAACAAAUAAACUAUCUUUGGUUUG